AUGACAGCGCGCAGGAUUGUGUGGACUGAGGAGAUGGAGGGGCAGCUUGUGGAGCUCUGGCAGGCGAACCCUUCUCUGUACGACGUCAGCUCUGACCAUUACCACGACCGGAGCAAGCGUGAGAAAGGCUGGACUGACAUUGCUGCGGAGUUACAUGUGCCUGUGAAAGAGGUAAAAACCAGGGUGGCAUCCAUGAGGACCCAGUUUGGUAAGCUGCUGAAACCAAAAGCCAGCGGCAGUGGCCAGAAGUCCACCACCCCCAAACAGAUGUGGCUUAUGAAGCAGCUGGACUUCUUAAAGUCACAUGUUGUCCCCCGACACACAGAGUCCACUCUGACACUUGGCACAGACUCUGAUGAUGGCGAGGAGGACUCUAUUGUCAGCAUGUCCAACACCCCCAGCCCAGUGACUGUGACUCCAGAUGAAGAAACCACCCCACCCACAGAGUCCACAGGACAGGCAGUUAAAAGGCCCAGGGCUACAAAACCCACAAUGAAGGCAGCUGACAUGGAGAUGGUCAAACUCUCCCUCUUGCAGAGGGUUCAAAAUACUCUGGAGAGUCCACCUGCUGAUGCGGAAGAGGUGUUUGGCCAACAGGUAGCCUCAGAGGUGAGGUCCAUAAAGGACCGGGCCCUUCAGCUGAGGCUGAAGAGGGACAUCAUGAACCUCAUCUACGAUGCUCAGGAGGCAGAGAUGGCCUACCAGAUGCCAAACACACACACCUCUCAUCCUGGCACCUAUGGUCACCCUGGCCCACACCAAAGGCUGCAAUACCAAGGAAUGCAACCUUAUCAGCCCCAAGCCCCAAGUCCCCAAGACCCAUCUGCAUCAACCCAGCCGAUGUAUAGGAAUAUGCUGAAUAACUAG